AUGGCGUCCUUCGGCCGGCGGCGCCGCCUCCGAUCGCCGCCUUCCUGGAGAGCGUCUCCGGUGAGUGUAGAGCUUCCGCCGUGCUCUGCUUUUUUUUCUUUUUUUUUUUCUCACUCUCUGAUUGCAGCAGGUGCGUACACGACGACGAGGACCCAUGAGGAAGGGUCUGUGGUGCUCUUCUGGGAGAGGCACCUCCUUCGGCUGGCCGAUUCCGCCAGGAUCUUGGCUGAUUCCUCUGGAUCCUCCUUCUCCCGAUUCAUCGCGUCGCCGCCGUCGAGCAUUCAGGCCCUGGUCGAUGAUUCCCUGCGGGUGGGGCUGCGGAGGGCGACGAAGGAUCGGAAGGGCGGGGGGAGCGGGGAGGAGCUGGCCAUCACGGCGAUAGUUUCCGGAUGGGAGGGGGAAGAAGAAGCAUUGCGCGGGAUCGAGGUGAGCGUCCAUUUAGGGCUUUAUGUUCCCCCUGUUUUCGGCAAGGGUGUUCGCCUGGCGCUCGCCGGCCGUGGGAGGGAUAUGGCGGAGGCCAAGAGCACGGAGUGGGUCAGGUGAGUGGUGAGUGGUGGCGGUCGUAGCGCUCUUCCCCAAAUGGCUCUCUCCGCUGCGGAUAUUGAUUCGUGGAUUCUCCUUGAAAUGAAGGACUCGGAAAUAUAUGGAGAAACUGAGAGCUCCUGUGACGACGGAGCUGUUGCUAUCCAACGACGGGGAUCGGAUACUGGAAGGCAGCGUGACGAAUUUCUUCGUCGUCUGUCGUCGCAAGGUAGCUCCUUAUACUCUGCUUGGUCUCAGCCCAUUGAUUCUCGUGUCUACAGUCCCACAGAGAGAGAGAGAGAGAGAGAGAGAGAGAGAGAGAGAGAGAGAGAGAGAGAGAGGAAGAGUGGUGAGGAAGACUAUUCCUUCUUGUUGGGAUUUCUUCUUCUGUGAUCAUCCUCAAGGGUACAGACUCUCUUCACUUCUCGUCGCCAAUGCUUUGUCAUCCCCUUGA